CUACACGACACACAUUACGGGCUUCCACCGCAAGCGUCAGAAAAUUUCAAAGGAACGGGUUCUUCAAAUCGACAGGAGAAAAUGGACAUGGAAAUCGACGACUCCCCUGAAGGAGAGAAGACGGAGCCGACAGUGGUAAUGCUGGUUGGUGCACCGGGAAGCGGGAAAUCCACGUUUUGCGACACUGUCAUGCGCUCCUCUCGCCGCCCAUGGGUUCGCGUUUGCCAGGACACCAUUAACAAUGGUAAAGCUGGAACAAAGGCUCAGUGCCUAAAGAUGGCAAUCAACGCCCUGAAGGAAAGCAACAGUAUCUUUAUAGACAGAUGCAACCUUGACAGGGAUCAGCGCUCGGAGUUUGUUAAGCUCGGAGGCGCCGAGGUCGAAGUCCAUGCAGUGGUGCUUGAUCUCCCUGCUCAGGUUUGUAUAUCUCGAUCGGUCAAACGAACCGGGCAUGAAGGAAAUCUACAAGGGGGAAGAGCUGCAGCUGUUGUAAAUAGGAUGCUUCAGAGUAAGGAGCUUCCAAAAUUGAGUGAAGGGUUUUCUCGGAUCACGUUUUGUUACAGUGAUAAAGAUGUCGAGAAUGCUGUUAGCUCUUACAGCUUGCUCGGUCCAAAGGAUACUCUUCCAUCGGGCUGCUUCGGCCAAAAGAACACAAAUGCCAAAAGUCAACUUGGUAUAAUGAAGUUCUUUAAGAAAGUCAAUGCUUUGCCAGGACCAGCUUCUAAAGAAGCUAGCACAUCUCAAGAAUCUAAUGAAAAGACAGCAAAGAAAGAAGAAAAUCUGUCCCUGAUUCCUUCGGCUCAGCUUACUUCUACCGAUAUUAUUCCCACGUUGGCAUUCCCGUCAAUCUCAACGGCAGAUUUUCAGUUCGACCUUGAGAAGGCAGCUGAUAUAAUUGUUGAGAAAGUGGAGGAAUUCCUGCCUAUGCUCGGAAAUGCACGGGUUGUCUUGGUGGACCUGAGCCAUGGAUCAAAGAUUUUGUCUUUGGUCAAGACAAAGGCUUCUCAGAAGAACAUUGACUCAGCAAGGUUUUUCACAUUUGUUGGGGAUAUAACUAAACUUCGUUCUGAAGGUGGUCUGCAGUGCAGUGCCAUAGCUAAUGCUGCUAACUGGCGGCUUAAACCCGGGGGUGGAGGAGUAAAUGCAUCGAUUUUCAUGGCUGCUGGGUCAGAUCUUGAGGCUGCAACGAGACAACGAGCGAAUUCUCUUCUUCCGGGAAAGGCCGUAGUUGUUGCUCUCCCUUCUACCUGCCCUUUAGUCUGUGCGGAAGGGAUAACACAUGUGAUACAUGUUCUGGGACCAAACAUGAAUCCGAAGCGACCAAAUUACCUUAACAAUGACUAUACCAACGGCUGCAAGAUUCUGCGAGAGGCUUACACAUCUCUCUUUGAAGGGUUUCUGUCUAUUAUAAAGAAUCAAUCAAAAUUACCCAAAAGAAGGAAUGAGACUACUAGAUCAGGUUCUGGUGGUGAGGAGAUUAAGGAGGAUCCUGAGAGAAAUAAAAAGUGCAAGGGGCUCCAAGAUGUAGUCAUAGCCGAUGAAUCGAACACUGGGGCAGUUGGGCAUGUGAGAGACGGUGGAAAGAGCAAGAGUAAGGGUUGGGGCUCAUGGGCAUUGGCUCUGUACAAUAUUGCCAUGCAACCGGAUAGACACGAGAAUAUUGUGCUAGAGGUAUUGGAUGACAUUGUUGUGAUAAACGACCAGUAUCCAAAGGCAAGGAAGCACUUGCUAAUAAUUGCAAGACAGGAAGGUCUAGACCGGUUUGCCGAUGCCCAGAGAGAGCAUCUUCAACUGCUGCAGAAAAUGCACGACGUGGGAUCGAAAUGGGUGAAGAGAUUCUGGGAUGAUGACCCCUCUCUGGUCUUCCGGUUGGGUUACCACUCGGUUCCAUCAAUGCGACAACUUCACCUACAUGUUAUCAGCCAAGACUUCGAUUCCGACCACUUGAAGAACAAGAAACAUUGGAACUCCUUCACCUCCUCAUUCUUCCGAGACUCGGUCGAUGUAAUGGAGGAGAUCAAUGUCCAGGGCAUGGCCACUGUGGCAAGUGAAGAUGUUUUAACUGCGGAGUUGCGUUGUCACCGUUGUAAAAGUGCUCACCCGAGUAUUCCGAAGCUGAAAUCGCACAUAAGAAGCUGCCGAGCUCCAUUCCCCGACCAUUUUCUCCAAAACAAUCGUCUUUUGACCCAUCCCGACUCGGAGACCGAUUAAGAAGGCAGUAGAUCGUGAUUUCGGGUUUGUUUAUUUAGUCUGGACUCUGGAGUAUAGGUGCUUUGGAAAGAAAAACGGGCUUUUGUUGAUGCCGAAUAUGAACGAGGAGGAGGUCACAAGAGA